CUCCUCCUCAGUGUUUUCUGUCAGCCUUGAAUGUGACAAGCAUUAGGACCCUGAGUGCAGCAGCUGUCAGCAGCAGUAAAUAUAGCAGCAGGAGCAAUGUGUGUGUGAGCGUGUGUGUCAUGUUGAACAGUUAGGGGUCAUGAGGAGGUUUGAAGACACUGGAUCAGUCGUAGGCGUCGGUCUGCAGAAACGAACGGGGAACAGGUUCCUCUGAAGAAACGUUCAUUCAGGAGGAUCCUGCAGACCAGCUGCAGGCUGCUGUUACCUGGGCAACUCUGACAUUAAGUAAGGAGGCCAACAAGGGUCAGACCAGGAUGCUGCAGCUGUGUAAAGUCACCAGCGCUCUGUUCAUCAGUAACGCCCGUUCAGCCUGCAGUGACGAGCUCAUCCAGCAGGAAGCGGUGACGCUCUGCAUCAAUGUGUCCAAGCAGCAGCCAUUCCCAUCCAGCCGCACCAUCACCAAGCUGCAGAUACCUGUCUACGAUGACCCCAACGAGGACCUCUACCACCACUUUGACCACUGCGCUGACGCCAUCCAGAAGGAGGCCAACCGCGGAGGACGCAGCGUUGUCUACUGCAAGAACGGACGCAGCCGCUCAGCAACCAUCUGCAUCGCCUACCUGAUGAAGCACCGCAAGCUGACGCUGACGGAGGCCUUACAGAGAGUGAAGACAGCUCGUCACGUUGUGGAUCCAAACCCCGGCUUCAUGUCUCAGCUGCGGAGAUACGAGGAGGAGCUGAAGAAGAGGAGAGGAACAUCCUGAUGAUGAAUACUGUCAUUCAGCUCAAAGAAAGCUCGUGUGAAACUGAAGUUGCAGCUGAAUAGUCCUCCUAAAAACUGAAGCUUCAGAUCACUUCAAGGUGCCCAUAUUGACGCAAACAGGAGAAUUUUUUUUAGAUAAAAGCUUAAAUAAAACAAUAAAUAACAGUUUAGUGACGCCAGGGGGAGAAAGCAGGACCUCGUCGAAAUCACAAUAUAGAGAUAAAUCUUAGUGUAGGUUACUGACGAAAUAAUUAGGUGACAAAAAUAUUAAUGAAACAGAAAUACAUAAUACUGUAUAGAAGUAAUCUGUAAUCUUUUUACUUUAUUUUAGCAAAUCUCUAAAACUAAACAAGAAACUAAAAAUUAGUUCAUCAGAGAUGAUUUAAAUGCAUCAGUCAUGGAUAAAUUAACUAGAUUUGUUUUUUUCUUAAACAAGGGCCAGGUAUCACAAACAAAUAAUAAGUUGUCUGGAUCAUUUUGGUUCAGAUGUGGUUUGGUUUUAGAGGAAAAUUUAGGCUGAGCAUGAACUUUAGUUAAAGCACUUCAACUUCCUAUGGAAAGCACAAAAACAGUUUUUCUGUGCUUAAUCAGACAAAGUUUAAUGCAUUAAGAAAUCUAUCCACAUAUCUUACAAAUCUAAAUUAGAAAUGUCAAACUGAUCAGUCAGAAACCAUCCCUGUCGGAGCCGAUUUCAUUAACAGGAUCUGAAACGUCUCACACAUUUAAUCAAAAGCACAAAUGUAAAAGCUGAAACAGGCAGCGUUUCAGAGCUUCUUGUUGUUGACUCAGCACUGCUUCAGUCUUAAACUGUAAAAAGAAACGGAUAAAAAGUCAGAUUAGCAGAACCACCUGCUGAAAAUAUUCAUGUUUUAGUGGAUUCUGGUUGAAAACAUUGAAAGAUGUAAACAGUUGUGGAUUCGGGUUAUUAAUAAACUCAGUGAGUUCAGUUUGUGAAAUAUUUAAUGAAUCUGACGCAUCUACAGAUGUUAAUGUGACUUGCUAUUCCAUAUUUCAGGUGUGUCUUUAUUCAGCUUGAUUUAAAGCAAUACUUUUCAAUGUACAACUAGAGUAAAUGCCUUGAGUGAACUUACCAUGUGAAUGUGAUGCCGUCCCUUUAAGAAACUGUACGCCGCUGUUUUAACAGAAUGAAAUGAUAAUAAAGUCAAGUCAAGUCAAGUUUAUUUAUGUAGCGCUUUUCAGCAACAAGGCACUCAAGGCGCUGAACAUAAGGAAAAACAUUACAGUGAUACAGAAAAUCAAACAACAGAGGUAAUU